AACCAGACAUCCUCAACCAGAAAUAACCCAGAACUUCACAGCACAAAGCAGCGAGCUACAGGACGACCAUGACUUUAAACGUCACUAGACGGCGCAGCAGCGGAACGCUGGCUCAGCAACGCUGGAGUAUUGCUGCGGACGGCAAUCAGAUAUGGAGAGGGAGCUCGCACUUGGUGCGAUCAAAAUCCUGCCUGGAUCCCAGGGCGCCCUACAGAGGGAGCUGGUCCUCUGAAUCCUCCGAUUCCGUCAUUUCCAUCGAUUCCGGGAAUAACCUGUACAGAGUGGUCCUGAUGGGGGAGACUGGAGUUGGGAAAUCCACCCUGGCUAGUAUAUUUGCUGGUGUACAAGAUAAUCUGGAGAACUGUGACAUUUUAGGAGAAGAUACCUAUGAGCGAACAGUCACUGUUGAUGGAGAAAGUGCCACCCUUAUAGUGAUGGACACAUGGGAAAAUAAGGAUGAAGAUAACUGGAUUCAGGAUCACUGCAUGCAGAUAGGAGAUGCGUACCUCAUUGUUUACUCCAUCACUGACAGAGCAAGCUUUGAAAAAGCCUCCGAGCUCCGCAUACAGCUCCGAAGAAGGCGUCAGGCUGAGGAUAUUCCGAUUAUUUUAGUGGGCAAUAAGAGUGACCUUGUACGGUGUCGAGAAGUGUCUGUGGCAGAGGGCAGAGCCUGUGCUGUCGUUUUUGACUGCAAGUUCAUCGAGACCUCCGCCGCUGUCCAGCACAACGUACAGGAACUCUUUGAAGGAAUUGUGCGGCAGGUGCGGCUCAGGAGAGACAGCAAGGAAGUGAACGAACGGAGAAUGGCUCAGUACAAACGGAGAGAAAGCUUGCCCAAGAAAGCCAGGCGAUUUUUGGAUAAACUCGUUGCAAAGAAGAACAAGAAGAUGGCUUAUAAAGUCAGAUCAAAAUCCUGCCACGACCUUUCCGUACUCUAAGAACUGUAGAUCGCCAGACAAACUGUUAAAUUAUCAGACUUUUUUUAUUACACUGAGACUUGGGUUAAACAAUCUAUAUUAGAUUGCUAUGUAUUGAUCACAAUUGGUUUACAAAAGUGUUCAACCUGGGAGUAGCACAACUCUCUUCGUCAGUGAAUUACUCCAGUUAUUUGUCAGUGAAGAAACUUUAUUAUGACUCACUGGCACAGCUAUUAAUGUGAGGGCUGGUUUAGAGUUGCAUUUUCCAGAGAUGUGUGCAGGAAGAGGGUGUCAAUUCUAAAGUUAAAGGGUUUUCCCAACUUAUGAUGAUCAUAUCAUAAAGAAAAUGAUUCAUUACUCUUAAGACACGAAACAGUGAUUUAAAGGGACUGGGUGAAUGCAUGGCAUCCAGUCACUGCUUGAGCAGCGCCAGAUUCUGAUAGCCACAUAUGUUUAAGAUCAAAUGCACUGGCAUCUGUUUGUGUGUGUGUGUGUGAGAGAGAGAGAGAGAGAGAGAGUGCUCAUAAUGUUCUAACAUUUUGUUUGUUCAAACAAUAGAUGUCACAACAGCUUCAAACAGUGAACUGUGCUGUCACGUGUGAAUGCAAUUUUUUAUCGAGCAUCAAUGUAUUUAAUAGAAAGCUUGAUGUAGAAGGGAACAGCGAUUUUAGCAGUAUAAACACCAGCACAGACCAAUUGGGCCGAAUGGCUUAUUUACAUGCAUCUCACCCUUUUUAACUAUUAUUACUUCAUUUUAAAAAUGUCACUAACUGAUGCCUUUAAAAGUCACACACCAAUGCACAAGGCUGAAGAUUUACUGUUGGUACUCUCUAAGGUGCCUCAGGUGAAAAUGUUAAAAUGGAAAUUGGUGUUCUUAAUACAUGUGCUUGUUUGAGUUCUGUCAUGCCAUUCACAUGGUCUAGGUUCUUUGGCUGAAAAUGUCUUGUUUUUCAUCACAUAGAGUUUUAUAUAUGUAUGCACUAUACACCGAAGCUCACUUAGUCAGGGGUUUGUUCCGAGCUCUGUAACUUUGUUGGUCUGUAAGUAACCACUGGGCAUGGCAACUAGUACGCAAUGCCUACAGUUGCUGGGCGGACUAAAAUUUGGAACUUAGUAUGAGGAAUUGGAGGGGUAGGAACGGAGGACAUGAUGAAACUGCUUUCUUCAUUGUGUCCCUGACCCAACUAACUGCCAAUAAAAUGGAUGCAGACAUCUGUAUGCAUUCAGGCGUUUCCACAUACAUUUAUGGUCCUUGUAACUCUAUGCAGCCCUUCAAUAUUAAUAUUGAGCAAGACAUUCCUGAAGUCUUUCUUAAUUGAAUGAAUUGUAUCUUUUAAUUAACUCUACUUUUUCAUGACAUGACUAAAUAUUUCUCUAUUUUUUCCAGACAGAUUCUGUGUAUUUAUUAUGAAUUUUUUUUAACAAAAUGUUUGUAUAACUUUGUAUUUAUUUUGUAGGUUUCUACUUAGAAUAUUCGACUUUCAAGCAAAAUAAUGUAGUUUAUUAAUUGGUUAAUGAAACAUUAAAUGGUAGUAUCCUCAGUAUUUUAUUUGUG